AUUUGUAAGAAGUACCGGGCGCUGUGGUGUUGUGUUCAGGGAGUUGGGCGCUGUGGUGUUGUGUUCAGGGAGUUUUGUGCUUGAGUAUGCGUCCGUUAAAUUUGGAGCGUGCUCAGAUUGGACAUUAAAAAAAAAAACUCUCUCUGUAUUCUUUCAUUAUGACGCCCGGGUUUCCUCUUUCAAGUAAGCAUAUUAUUUCGUUAGUAAUUCAUGUUUAAGGACCCAGGGGUUGGGAAUACGGUACUUCAUAUGAUUCGCAUUGUUCCUUCUGUAAAUAUGUCACAGGCCUGCUAUCAAACUAUUAAUAUCCCGUUGCAUUGUUCCAUCCAGCCAGCGUCGGCUAAUACUUUUGACCGUGGAAGGAACUUGUGGAAAAAGCUAUGGGGACGCUUGACAUAUAAAGAGAGUUCAAUAAAAAGAGGAGCCUUCCACGGCAGACGGGACAAUAAUAACUUCCGGCAAUAACCUUCAUGGCGAAGACUUAAGUUUUUGAACCACUUUCUACUUCUUGUUGUUUCUUCAGCGGUCCUGUCUGCCGUGGAAGGCCCUUGGCCGAAACUUUCUUCUUUUAUUGUCAUUUCUGUAUAUUUCAAGCUUCCACACACCGUGUUACACUAUUUCCUUCACAUAGCUUGAACGCAGUCCUUCAUUUAGUAUGACCAUGGUCAUGGGAGCAAUCUCCGUCUUCAUUGUGUUCCCAGCUAAUAUCAUUAAUACCUGCUGUAUAUGACCAUGGGAGCAAUGACCGUCUUCAUUGUGUUCCCAACUCAUAUCAUGUAUACCUGCUGUAUAUGACCCUGGCCAAUAUCAAGUAUACUUCUCCAUUGGCGUCAUCGUGGGUAUUCACCCAUGCUCCCUGCCAGUUACGCUCAUAAAAUUGAACAUCUUUUCUUAACUCUUAUAUAUAGCAUUUCAUUCUUUCUACACUUGAUGACAUCACAUGCUCUAACUACUAUUUGCACAUUCACGAAUUGCUAAGCGUUGGCGUAGCUAACGCCCCGACAUGUCACUAAAGUGUUUGUGUGUGUGUGUGUGGGGGGGGGGGCACCUUUACUUAAUUAUUUACUAGUUGUUGUUAAUGAUUGAUUUAAGGCCAGGUUCGUUGUGUUUAGAUAUACCAGAAAUGGAAACAAGUUCAGGGCAAUGUUUCGCUGUUCUAACCCACGCCAAUAACACCCCAUUCCCCCUCCCCCCAAAAAUGCUACCAGGUUGGUUUGGUUUCCUCAGACUGUUUUUGAAUGGUUACCUUUUCCACGUAAGCAGUUGUGUAGGAAAAGGAGGGGGGGGGGCUUGGCCCGCCCCUGGGGGUACCAACCCAACCCUAGCUUCGCCACUGAAUCUCCGUUUUCAUUGACCAUGCAUGAUAUCGGCCUUUAGUCGUGGAUGACCAAAACAUGCAUUAGUAUCUUUUAACAUAAGUUCAUUUCAGGGGUACAGUACGCGAACUGUAACCAUGUUAGCACACGUGCUGUUAAAGGAAAGGGAAGGAAAGGCAAUAAAAUAUCCAGUUGGAGUCUAUCAGUAUCAGCUUCAAAUGCAAAGUAGGGACACGUCUUAGAGUAUCCAAUUAUUUCUACAGCUCAGUGGUUCGUGUGCUAAAACUAGCAUGUUCUCAUAGGUCGGUGGGUGGGUGGUGGUCAUAGGGUUGCAGUGCAGGCGGAACAUGUCAUGUUUAUAACUUGCUACGUCAUGUUUAUAACCGUUGCUACGUCAUGUUUAAAAACAGUUGCAACGUCAUGUUUAUAACAGUUGCUACGUCAUGUUUAUAACAGUUGCUACAUCAUGUUUACAACAGUUUCUAUGUCAUGUUUAUAACAGUUGCUAUGUCAUGUUUAUAACAGUUGCUAUGUCAUGUUUAUAACAGUUGCUACGUCAUGUAUAUAACAGUGGCUAUGUCAUGUUUAUAACAGUUGCUAUGUCAUGUUUAUAACAGUUGCUAUGUCAUGUUUUAAAUAAUAAUUCGUUUUAGCAGCAAUGUCGUACUGGAUAAAUUAAUUAUUUGCUGGGGGGGGGAUGUCUUUGUGUGUGCAUACGAUUUCAUGAUAGUUUGUCGAUUCUAAACACUGAAUUAUUGAACAGGGAAUAAAUUGUUUAUUAAUUGAUACCGUAUCUGUUGGUGUCUUUUCCCUGUGCACACCAGACAAGCCAUAGUUUUUGUGACACGUAUCUGUUGGUGUAUUUUCCCUGUGCACACCAGACAAGCCAUAGUUUUUGUGACACGUAUCUGUUGGUGUCUUUUCCCUGUGCACACCAGACAAGCCAUAGUUUUUGUGACACGUAUCUGUUGGUGUCUUUUCCCUGUGCACACCAGACAAGCCAUAGUUUUUGUGACACGUAUCUGUUGGUGUCUUUUCCCUGUGCACACCAGACAAGCCAUAGUUUUUGUGACACGUAUCUGUUGGUGUCUUUUCCCUGUGCACACCAGACAAGCCAUAGUUUUUGUGACACGUAUCUGUUGGUGUCUUUUCCCUGUGCACACCAGACAAGCCAUAGUUUUUGUGACACGUUUGACUUUUCACUUUUGUGUGUAAAGGUUUUUAUGUUUUGUUGAGGCUUUUUGAGAGAGGUAUUGAUUGUGCAGGAGGUCAUGGAUGCUUGAAUCUAAUCAUACAGUUGUCUGUUUUUGGUGGUCAUUGCCUCUCAUUUUCAGUCCAAUACAAUUGUAACAAAUCUUUCAAACAUUAUAUAUCCAGUUUUUAGCUGUUGCGCUAUUUAGUACACAUUGAGUUGGAGGCUAAUAUCCUUCAUAUAUUUUGUGCUCAUAUUUUACAGUUAAGGCCAUCGUCUUGCUUUGCACUUAUUAAAAUUUAGUUUUAGAGGGAAUAUAUUUAAAUAAGAAAAUUACUGUUUAAAACUUUCAUAGCACGCUUUGACAAAUUUAAACACAACCACAAAUUUGGUUCUUGGUCAGUUUAGCACACAUAAUAUUGACUUUAACAGUAUAAAAAUGCAGUCUGGGGCAUUCACUUGGCAAUCAUUUAAAAUAGAAAGUACUCUCUAAUUUUUGGGAUCCUUCUUGGUGGUGAGAUGAUGAUGUAGCUUCUGCAUUAUUGGAACUUUCUUGAGUAACUUAUUAGGCUUGAUCCUGGAAUGACAGUCUCGGCUGCUGGUUGACUUUGGCCUUCUUUAAUGUUCUUUUUGUUUCAAGUGCUUUGUUUCACGCAUCAUCUAUCUGUUUGCUUUCCAAUCGUUACUAAUAAAUAUGCUCUUUUGGUUUUCAGAAAAAGGGAUGGGGGGGGGGGGGAAGUGUGUAAUUUAGAAAUUCUUUUCGGUGCCUCUUACAAUUUAAAUAAAAAAAAUAUGUGAAUCAGUUUAAAUAACCCUGUUUUGUUUUUAUUUGUGUUACUAAUAAAUAUGCUCUUUUGGUUUUCAGAAAAAGGGAUGGGGGGGGGGGAAGUGUGUAAUCUAGCAAUUCCUUUCGCUGCCUCUUACAUAUUAAAUAAAUAAAAUAUGUGAAUCAGUUUAAAUGACCCUGGUUUGUUUUUAUCUGGCUCUGAUCAUUUAUAUUUAACAGAAAUAUAAUGACUUACAUGCUAGCCAAUUAUUUCAUUUUAUUUGCAGAAAUAACAUCUGACUAAAGUAUUGAGUGCAUUCCGUGCACACUGAGAGCUAAAAAGGCCUCUGGGUCCAUCUUACAACAAUGUCUUACGUGACGACAGAAAACAGCGUUAAAGGAGCAACUAAUGAGACAGCCAAUUGCCAGGAAGUUGCUCGUUUUGGAAACUCCACUCAUGUCUUCUUAUAUGACAAAUAUAAUGGCAUACCAGACACACUCAUCAUUAAUGUUGUUGUCUUUGUGGUAAGCCAGUGCAACAUACAAAUACCGUAUCUGUUAUUCAACUGUUAGCAUAUUUAAUAUAGUUUUCUGUGUUUGAUGAGGUCAACUGAUUUUGAGUAGCCACCACUUCAUUUUAUUGGGGCUUUAUGUCAGAAAUCUUUAAUUGGAAUAGUGAUAACAUAGCAAAAUAUUUCUGAAAAUUUAAACUACGUCUGACUGCAUUCUUAAGAAAACAAAACAAAAUUAUAUUUUAUCUCAUGAAAUAUCCAAUCAUUUAUUUUUUAAAAUAAAUUUCUAUAAUUUUCUGCAUCAAAUUAUUCUGCUUUGCCUUUAAUUUUACUUUUUGCAUAUUUUAUUCUCAGGAAUAACUUUAAUUUUUUAAUUUUUGUUAGUGGUUUUUUUAUCCUAUUUCAUUCCUUUUUUUAAAAAAAAUGUUUACCUCUGCUUAUUUUUAACCUGCAGAAUUCAAAUAAGCUACACUGUCAAACCAAUGUUAUUGCUUAUGCUGAAAGCCAAAAUAAUAAAUUUUCCGUAUAUAUAAUUCCCAUGUCUGUAUCAUUGGUUGAUGAAAGAGUGGGGAUGCCAUUUUCAGACUUCAACCCUAACACAGCUUUACUCUGUGUGGUCCUGAUGCUGACAGCUGUUAGAUGUUUAAAUUAUUGCUUUGUUGCAUAAACUUUAAAAACUUGAAUUAAUUUACAAUGUGGAUUUUUAUUUUUUGGUAUGUAUUGAGUCAAGACAUAUUCUAGGAAAUGAUUGUGCAUGCUUUCAACUCAUGUCCACAGUGUCUUUUGUUGUUGUUUACAAUACUGAGGAAGAUUGCUUGGGAUUAUGGGCGGCUUGCUCUGGUCAACAGGACGGAAGAGAAGUAAGUACAGCAAACCUAGAUGUCUCUCUUCACUUAUUGAUUGUCUCACCUUUGUCUUUUAGCAUGCUCUCACUAUUGUGCUUCAUCAAAAUAAUCUCUGAUGUUCAUAAAAUAUAUAAGAAUGAGUAAUAAAUUCAUGAUCAAGAAUAUAAAAUGUUAAUAUUUUUGUGGGUUUUUAAAAAAAAUCACAAACUAGGUUGAGUUAAUUCAAAAUGUUUAUGCCUUUCAAUAUUUAUAGUUAACUUUUGGGUUUAGUUUCAUAAUAAUUUUUAUUAAAAUGAUAAUGAUUUAUAACUCAAUAGUUAUGGGAGGCAUAUCAUUUCAUUUUCACACCUUUCUGUAGUAGUUUUUAUUUUUUUUAUUCUGCUUAAAUGUUUCUAAGAUUUAGAUUUGUUUUUGUUUGAUGUUUAGUUUUGUUGAUGUUUUUAAAUGUGAUUUCUUCAAAUGUAAUUAUCUGUGAUUUAUUUAAAAUCUGAUAAUUUAAAUGUGAUUACUUUAAAUGUGAUCACAUGUGUAAUGAAAAUGUGUCCACAGAAUGUGUAUGUAAAGCAUCUGGAUAUUCCUUUUUUUUAAAGCUUAAGUUGUUGGUGGAUUUUAUACUCAGGAUUUAUGCCUCGCUUAGUAAUCAUGAGUAGUCGUCUGAAAAUAAUUCAAAAAGGAGAUGCGUUUUUUUUUAAAGCUUAAGUUGUUGGUGGAUUUUAUACUCAGGAUUUAUGCCUCCCUUAGUAAUCAUGAGUAGUCGUCUGAAAAUAAUUCAAAAAGGAGAUGCGUUUUUUUUAAAAAGUUGUAGCACAAGUACCAAUGCAUUUUUUUAAUCCUUAAAGUGAUGGAAUACCUUUGGUAAUUAAGAGACCCGCUGUGUAAGUAUACUGGUACAAGGAAACAUUCACUUUCCCACAGUUCAUAUUAUUCAAUUUUGAUUGUUAAAAUAUUUCGUUUUCCCUCUUAGAUUCACACUUUGUUUUUCUUCACUACUGUUCAUCAGUGCACCAUCAAAUGGAUAAUUGAUUACUCUUGCUUUAAAUUGUUCUGUUUGGUCUUUACAAAAUUGAAGAGCACUUUAAAUUGUGUUUAUCUCAAUUUAUUCGAAGUGGUAUCCAGUGCCUCUAAUGUUCAUAAUGAUAUUAGUGUUUCAUACAGCUAGAUACUAUUUUUUUAGCCUACUCGGAAAAUGUUACCAUAAUUUUAAAAACAGUAUUAUCUCAGAAAAAAAAAAAAAAAAUUUAAAUCUUAGAAGUUUAUUUAAGGUUUAUCUUUCAAGUGCUUGAUGUUAAAUCUUUGUUUUUAAAUACAAAAGAGAAUCUUAAAACUUAUUUACAGAAAUUAGUUUAAAAAAAAAAAAAAAUUGUUUCAUACAGCUAGAUACUAUUUUUUUAGCCUACUCGGAAAAUGUUACCAUAAUUUUAAAAACAGUAUUAUCUCAGAAAAAAAAAAAAAAAUUUAAAUCUUAGAAGUUUAUUUAAGGUUUAUCUUUCAAGUGCUUGAUGUUAAAUCUUUGUUCUUAAAUACAAGAGAGAAUCUUAAAACUUAUUUACAGAAAUUAGUUUAAAAAAAAAAAAAAACACUUUUCGAACAUGAAUUUUUUUAAAAAAUGUAAAAUAAAUGACUUAUUGCAUUGUGCAAAGGUGUAUUUUUACUCCUCUGAAUGUGUCACAGAAAAACACACCAGCCACAUUUUAUAUUUCAUUCAUUAUUGCUCCAUUUUUUGGUAAAUGAUAUAUAAAAGUACUUUUAAAAUAUAAAAUGGUCAAAACUCUUUUAAAAAAACUGUGGAUAAUAACAGAGAGAAAAAAAUGAACCUUAUUCUUAUUUAUAGAGUCGUCAUCAUAUGGAAAGGUUGUUUAGGAAAGGCUAAUAUGUAAGUCCCAGUUCGGCUCAAGAAUUUGAUUCUGGCUAAGCAAAAAGCAUUGCCUUAAUUUGUGGAUUUCAUUUGCUUUUAAAAUAACUAGGACUUUAAAUUAAAUUUGAUUAAUUAAUUUCAAACAUUAAUGCAACUAGAAACUUAAUGGUUUUUGAGCAGUUUCUGUCUUUGAAAACUUUUAAAGUAUGCAGUAUUUCAGAUUCACAAAGAAUAUCUUAAAACUAAAGAGUAUUUAGCUUUGAAAGGAUAAUGUUUUUUGCUAAAGUUUUUUUCUUUUAUUUAUGCGUUACUUUCAAGCUUCUUUUGGCUUACAUUUUUCAUCAAUUAAGUUUUUGAGCAAGGAAAAUUUUGUAGCCAUUUCUCUAUACUUAAAAUUAAAUUUUUUUAAAAAUUCUCAUGAAGCCCAAUCUAUAGGAAAUGUUUUAUAAAAUGUUUUUAAAUGUUUUGGUUAAUAAUUUAACAUUUCUCCUUUCAAAAAAAUAUUAAGAGAUUAAAAAAAAAUUAAUUUUCAAUUGAGCCAAUAGUCAAAAUAGUUUCUAAAAUGACAUUAAUAACUUGAAGUAUCAUUUUCGUUCUGAACCAUUCUAUAUUUUUAUAUUGUAAAUUCUUGUUUUCAUAAGUUCUUUUUUGUAUUGUUAAAAAAUUAAACGUUUUUGUUGCUCUGGAUGUCUUGUGAUUUAAAAAAAAAAAAUUAUUGCAUUUUUUUUUUUUCAAAUUAAUUUGUGAAUUUCUUUAAUGUCACUUUUACACAAACAAAUUUCUUUUCAGAGCAGGGAUAAAAAAUGGCAGAUCCAAAUACAAUGUGUAGGUUAAAUUUGAACCAGCAUUCUUUAACAGCAAAGGUGUGGGGCUUGCAUGUAUAGCUUUCAGACCUGCCUUAACAUUAGCAUCAGCCCAGCUUUCUGUCAUGAGAAAUUUGUACCCUUGGGAUGUGAAGUUUCUGCUUAUAUUGCUUUGACUGAAAAUAUAUAUACAUAACUGUAAAUGUUAUAAUGCUAGUAGUACUUUUUUUCUUUGUCUCAGCUCACUAAAAUGAUAAUUUCACACCUGAUUAUGUUUGUACGUUAAUCUAACACUAUGUUAUAAUUCAAAUGAUAUGAAGAUACUGCCAGUAUUAUGUAUUUCUCUAAUCCUUUAUUCAUCACCCUUUUAUCAUGUUAUGGUCAUAUUGCAUAACCUUAUUAAGUAGAAAGCAGCAGUCUCAGUGUUUAAACUAUGUAUGUAUUAAAUAGUUUUUAAACUGACAACUUUUUACAUUUAAUAAAAAAUUAAAGCUCCAUAAUUCAGUCUGCAUUUAUUAUUAUCUCUUUCUUGGAACUUGUAGUUUAAGCUAGUAAAGCUCUGUGCAGCUGAGCAACAUUUUCUUUGUCAUAACUACUGGCAUGGUACCCAGGGCAAAUACUUUCAUUUGGGUCUUAUUUCUUUUUCUAUUGUUUCAUAUAUUUGUAGAUAAAGGGGCAAAUGCCUUUUUUUGUUUUGUUCAAGUUUAAAUUGAAGGAAUCUAGACAUAAACGAAAUUAAACUUAAAAUAAUUGUAUUAUUUAUUGUCACAACCUAGGUUAGGCAAUGUUAUACUUAUUUAUAACUGAGACAAGUUUAAUUAAUAGUUUCAACCACUGUAGUCAUGCUGUCAUAAACCAUAGUCUUUGUCAUAAAACACGGAUGGAUUUUUUUUUUACUUUAAAUUUAUUCAAUUAAGAAAAGAGUGUUUUUUAUCUCUGCCAUCCAACACAAAAGGUACGGUAGCUAAACAGAGUUUGAGAGCAUCUUUUGUAAGCAUGAAAUUUUCAGGUAGAUCGUAAAUAUUGGUGAACAAAACACUUAUCAUACACACUAAUACUACUAAUGGGGAAUGGGCUGGAUGUAUUUUAUUAAAACAUGUAAAAAUACUUUCGUUGUCAAUUAUCUAUAACGACGCAACACCCCCCCCCCCCCACCCCCCCUUUUUUUUUUUCCAACACACACACAUUUUAUUGGAGGAUUCCAGAUAAAAUAUAAUUAAAUUUCCAUUGCAUAUGAUGAAAAAAUAAAGGGAUAAAAAGAAAGGGGCAGUUAGGAUAAUCAAUAUUUUGGAUAAUCAGCGCUCUACUGUAAGUUUGCGUAUAUAUAUAUAUAUAUUAUAUAAUAAAUAAAUAUAUGCAUGUGUGUUUAUAAUUCCCAACAACAAUCUUUUUCCUUCAGUAGUUUUAUCGCCAUUUAAUUUGACUCUCCGCCUGCAUCUAGUUGGCAGCAGUCAACCUAUGACAUUCUCACAGCUGCAAUACAGUAUUUCUGUUCUUUAAUGACAUAAGCCUGAUUUAUAUAGCAGCAACAGAUUUGUUUAGAGUUGACCCUUACAUUUGUUGGCUCUUUGUCGAGAUCAUAACACUGUGUACCACUGGACCGAGAGGUGUCUGGCUCAGAAUUUGUCCCGUGUCGUCCUGGGCUGUGGCCAACUAGAAUGGGAGGAUUUAAACCCUGAGAAAAAACAUCAAUGGUAAAAGACAGCAGCUGAAUUGGGCAUGGGUUCAAAGAGUAAAUGUUUACGGGAAAAAUAGCCAUUGUCAGACCACAUAAGCUGCUGAAGUAAAUACAGUUUUUAGAAUGAGUUAAUUCGAAAUCAAAUAAAAUUUAUUAUUUCUCUUGAGGUCUUCCUUCACCCAUAACAAUUCCAGCCGCCACCUUCAUACCAGCAACACAUAUCCAUUACACCCCUACCUUUCAUAGCAGCAACUUAAUAUCCAUCCCAGCCCCCACCUUCAUACCAGCAACACACAUCCAUUACACCCCUACCUUUCAUACCAGCAACUCAAUAUCCAUUCCAGCCCUAACCUUCAUACCAGCAACUCAUAUCCAUUCCAGCCCUCACCUUCAUCCAAGGAAACAAACAAAUAUUCACUUAACAAGUUUUUUACUGUUUACCAACCUGAUCCACAGCAUGGUCACUAGGAAAUAGAAUAGAAUAAAAUAGAAUAGAAUAGAAUUUCUGUCAUUUAGAAAUUAAAAAUAUUAAGCCUUGAUUAUCAAACAAUUAUUACCAAUGUUUUUUAUGUCAAUUAUAAUUACUCUGGAAAGCAUCACAAAUGUUACUUAGUGAAGUAUUACAUUUCUAUAGCAUCACAAUUUUUACUUAGCGAAGUAUUACAUUUCUAUAGUGUGUGUAUGAUUAAGGUCAAAGCUCAGAUAUCAGAUUAAUUAAAUUAAACACAUGCAUGGCUACUGAUGUGAUUGUUUGAAACAUGAGUACAGUCAGAGUGUCUGUGUUACAGUAGACACAUCAAUGUGCCUUAUUUUUAUAUAACAGAUGGACCUCUUUAUUUUUUGGCGAUCGUGAUCGGAGGUCACUCCACGGAUCACAGGAGUCACUGGAUACUGCUGUAACAUCUCAAGACAAGGUGAGUUAUGUUUCUUAAUGAGAUAGCUGUAAAAAAAAUUUGCUAAUUAAAUAUUCACAUCAUUAAUGAAUCGGCGAGGUUCGUUGACUUAUGAUUGCUUCCUUUUUAAAAGUUAUACUUGCCAGGUAUAAGAGCUAAUUCUGUUUAUCAUCCUCCAGGGUAUGUUCAGAUGGAUUGUUGCAUUCUGGCGACUCAGGUAAUUCUUUACCUUCAUUUAUAUUAAUAUAUUAUUUUUUUGGGCUCAUAAAUUAAUGCUCCCAAGACACUAAAUGUAUACCAAUAUAAUAAACUACAGUGCUACAAGAAGGACUAAAUAUAUGUAUGUAGCAGAUGAAGCAUAUUUUAAAAAUAGUUGUAAAUGUAAUUUUUAAAAAUCAUGGAAUAAAGUUUUUAUAGUUACCGUGGGAUUUAAUUGAUGUUGAUUCAAGUUUGUGACAUCUGACAGCACCAGGACUGAUCAAAUAUAUAAAGAUUUUGAUAUCAAGGAGUUUUUAAUGUGUGAUUUUGCUUUGAACCGAUAAUCUUGUGUUUCGUCGUGAGUAGUUAAAUGGAUUUUUGGACAUCCUUAGGCAUACACCAAUAUAUUUUAUCUUAUCUUUAAAAUCUAUUCCAUAUAAUUAAUUGUUGCAUUUCUGUUUUAUCUAUAUGCAUGUCGUGUCUAUAGGCCCUCUAAAUAUAAUUUUAAUGUAUUUUUAUCUGUUGACACUCUGGAUGAUUCAGAGAUGUGGACAUAUUAAACAAAUGUGGAAAAGAUGCCAUCCAGUACCUGUCCUUCCAGCGCUACCUGCUGGUGUACCUGUGCAUCAUCACAGUCUUGUCCGUGGGCGUUAUACUGCCCAUCAACUUCCAAGGAUCUCUUUGUGAGUUAACUCAACAUCUGCUCUUCCUCACAAAUAGAUUAGAUUUUUUUUUUUACAAGGGAAGUCAGGUUUAUUUCAAGGACACAAAGGUCUUGGGGGAGCACAAAACUUAAAAAAGGAAGUAGUAAUAACAAAAAACAAAUAGUAUAAGGAAGUCUAUUCUGAUGAGCAUUUGCCAACAGGAAAAUUUCUCAUUUGUAGUGGUGGGUGUGCAAAUGAAAGCUGCAAGAACUUGACCAGCUUUAUUGUGACAUUAAUAAUCAAUUUAACUAUAAAUUGUUUCAACUGAAACAUUGAAGUGUUUAUUUCAAAUUAAGUCACUUUUUUUUACCCCAAAAAUUUAUUUAUGGUUACUUUUGGUUUCUUUAGCUUUCACUACACAUAUGUCCAUCUGUGUCAUAUGAGGUAUAAAUAAUAAAUCCUCUUUAUUUCCUUUGUUAAAUUUUGCACAAUUAAUUAAAUAUAUAAGAGAAAUAAAUCAUUUUUCUAGACCUUCUCAAAACUUGAAAAUUUGGACUUUGCCUCUUUUGAAAUUACCUCCAGCUUUGAGGAAAAUUUAGGAUGUAUGUGUCCUAAAUAUAAGUAUAGUUUAAGACUGUGUGGUAUGAUAGAUGUAACAAUGUGUGUCUCUUUAAGCAGUCUGUAAGACUUUUGCUAUGACAAUGAAUUUGAUUGUACUAGGUAUUUUUUUAAAAACUAUGAAUUGCCUUUACUUGAAAUUUUAUUUAACUGUUGUUGUGUGGUGAUGAUGGUAAAAUUUUGUCUGACUGUUGUUGUGUGGUGAUGAUGGUAAAAUUUUGUCUGACUGUUGUUGUGUGGUGAUGAUGGUAAAAUUUUGUCUGACUAUUGUUGUGUUGAUGAUGGUAAAUUUUGUUUGACUGUUGUGUGGUGAUGAUGGUAAAAAAAAUGUUCCAUUUUAUUUCCAGUAGGAACAUCAGCUGACUUUGGGCACACCACCAUAGGAAACUUACAGCCAAAGUGAGUAGAUCUGUUGUCAGUUGACGAGUGUUGGGCCUAGAAAAGAAUCUAAACUAUAGAUAAGAAAGGUUAACAUAUGUUUAAACUGUGACAUGUGGAGCAUUUGUUUGUUUUUUUGGUUAACCUACUGGUUUUUUAUAAGCACUGCAGCAACGAGAAUGUUCAAAAAGUUACUUUUGAAAAGUGUGACGCUUGGAGAUUACAAUGGCAGACCCUGGGAGAUUAAAUUGUAUAUCUAUAAAUAUAUGUCUGCUAUAUGCAUGGAUUUUUUUUUCUUUUUGAUAUGACAUUGAUCAGCUGUAAAGUCUAUUUUUCAAAUAAGAUCAGUUGUCAAGUGUUGUUUUUCCUCAGUGAUCCCAUCCUGUGGGUCCAUGCUGUCAUGGCCGUGGUGUAUUUGAUUAUUGUCAUUGGGGUGCUCAGCCAUUUCAGACUUAACUUGGAUGUAGAAGAGGAUGAGCAAGUCAGUGUUUUAAUUAAAGUGUUUUCAUUCAAAUUCUCCCCACUUCUAUUUAUCAAGUAAUUAAAAUGCUUGCUAAAAAAUUUUUGUAUUAUCUUAAUGCAUUUUUUUAAAAACAAAAAUUACUUAGAUUAUGUGGCAACCACGGUUUGUUGUGAACACAUUUUUAGAGCAACUUGUUGAAAACUGUAUCUUAAAAUUAUUAAAAUCUAGUUACAGCUCCAGUUAAUGUAUACGUUGCGAGCUUAAAAUGAUCAUGAUUUUUUUUUUUUUUAAAGAAUAGCAAUGACUCAGACAUGACAAAGAAAUUUUUUGUUUUCACAAGUUAACCCAUCAAAACUAACCCGAGUGACUCAGAUACUUGUUAAAUUAUGUUCAGGUGAGCAGAACAUUGAUGGUGUCCAACCUGCCCAAACACAAAUGCUUCCAUAGCCCCAUCCUCCAACAUUUUCAGUAAGUUCUGGCUUUGUCAAGUCUACCUAAUGGUGAAACAGCUGUGACUGCAUCAAGUGUUCAAGUCAAUACUUGUUGUUUGUAGCCAUUGAAUGACUCUGAUGAUGCAUGAUGUUUUGAUGAAUUUAGCAUGUGAUUAGUAAUAUCGGAUGUGAUUGACAAUGUGGGAUGUGCCUGGUAACCUGGGAUGUGAUUAGUAAUGUGGGAUGUGCUUGGUAACCUGGGAUGUGAUUAGUAAUGUGGGAUGUGCUUGUGAUGUGAUUGGUAAUGUCAUGUUUUCCCUUAAUCCAGAGAAGCUUAUCCUGAAGCUAAUGUGACAGAUAUCCAGUUUGCCUACGACAUAGCUGGUCUGGUCCUACUUGACAAACACAGGUAAUUUAUUGGAAGCUUGAGAACAGUCACGGAACUGAGCUAAGUUUGUAUCCCUCAUUAAAUGAGACAUCUUUUGUUUUUUCUACUCUUUAAAAAAAAGUUCAAUAAUUCAGUUUUUCUCUUCUGCUGUAGCAGAACUUGCUAAAUGUGUUGGUACAAUUGAUUUCUACAUUGGCUCAACACAGGUAUACUCAAAUCUUUCUUCGCUGAAAAAUUUGAGGUAUUCCAUGCACUUCCCCAUUCCAUCCCUGUGGCACCACAGCCCAUGUAUGGCUUUGGCCUGCCUUACCACUUCCUUCCACUCGGACCUGACCGAUGUUUUUUCUUUUCCACGCCUGGAUUCCCAGCUGCUGCAGAUACAUUUUCGACAUCGUUCACCAGGCCCGCCUUUGGGCCGUUUUCCUCUGGGGUUUCGGUGGUGCACCCUCUUCACUCCUCUGUCAUUUGGCAUUCUUUCUAAGUGAUGCUCUUCCACUACCCUCUAUGAGUAUCUGAAAUUCAUUUUGAAUUUGUUCAAUGUUUCAGACAUUGUUUAAGUGACACAUUUAUGCAGCAUUUUUAUCAAGUGGUUUGGCAUUUGGUAGAUAUCAUAAAUAGGCUGCAAUAAAUAAAUAAGGAAAAUUUACCCAUACUUUAUGUAGUGCUGUCAUCAUGAUGAACAAAACCUUUAAUCAACCCAUCUAAAAUUUAUUUGACCAAGUUUGUUACAUUACCUUCCUUUGAUCCAUGAUUUUAAGGAAACGAGCUGCUGAAGCCAAAUUGUACUGUGAAAUGGAAUACAGGAAAACUGGCCAACGUCCACUAAUGAGACCUGUCAUCUGUGGUCAGAUUUGUUGCUGUUGUCCUCGGGUAUGAAGAGUUUUCCUUGAUGUAAUUUGUGUGUAUUUAAAAGGUUAGCAUUAGCUGAAAGGACGGGUAAAAUAAGAUAAGAUUAUUUUUUUUUUAUUGAUCCAAAUAAAUGGAAAUGUUAGUUUUAAAAUUACAUCAUACAUAUUCAUUUUCAGCACAUAAAUAAAUACAUAUUUUAACAAUUUAAAGACAAGACAUUUAAAGUAUUUCUCUAGCGUAAAGAUCAGCCUUCAUGACUUAAGUGAACAUUUAGAUCUGGUAACUGCCUGGGCAGCACUCUGGUACAUUCUUACAGACUAAGGGAACAAAGUAAUUUUUUAUAUCUUUCAGUCCCAACUUUCAGGUAAAGAAUUUUGGCCUGGUUGCGUUGAUCUUAGGUAUCUGUGAUUGAAGAGGGUGGGAGGUAUCAUCCAAAAUUGAGUUUUUACAUCAUUUUUCUUAAAUAGUUCUUCACGUGAAGAAUGUUUCAUUUCUGCGUUAUUGCUAAAGACAUAAACUAUGGAAAAAAGUUUUUUUUUUUUUUUAACAUGUUUUUUUGGUUUUGUUUUUUGUUUUUUAGACAUGAUAAAAAAAAUAUUAUCCAAAAUUUAGUUUUUACAUUAUUUUUCUUAAAUAGUUUUUUACGUGAAGAAUGUUUUAUUUUUGCGUUUUUGCUAAAGACAUAAACUAUGGAAAAAAGUUUUUUUUUUUUUUUAACAUGUAUUUUUGGUUUUGUUUUUUGUGUUUUAGACAUGAUAAAAAAAAAUAUAGUUUUAAUCUCAAUGUUAUCAGGUGGAUGCCAUCAAUUUCUACCAAGCUGAGGAGGCAGAGUUGAAGAAAGCUUGUGAGGAAGAAAAAGUCACAGCUUACCAAACUCCACUGGGGAUUUCUUUUAUUACCCUAGGCUCAGAGUCUCAGGCUCAGCGGUGAGAAUCUCACAAAUUUGAUGUGUACAUGAAACAAACCAGCUCCAUGUCACACACUUGAUGUGUACAUGAAACAUAAACCAGCUCCUGAGUUGGCAUCAUUUCUUUGUAUAAAAAGAAGACUUAUUUUUGUGUUAAGGUUUAUGACAUACAUAAAGGGACACAGACAGCAAACACCCUCAGCUAAUGGUAGAGUUAUUAGUGGUUUUAGGGGGGUAAAGGGGGCUGAGCGUUAUUCCAGGUUAAGAUUUUAAAAUAUCUUGAUUGGGUGUUAUAAGGAUGGUGUUAGUUGGGCUUAGUCUUUGUGGACAGGCACCGGAGACGGUCCAGCACCUACUAGUCGAGUGCUCAACACUAGCGACUGGUGUGACUGGGGUGCUCCCAGCCAACCGUGUUGGGAGCCUGAUUUACGGGACUGCCCAGCAGAUGAGGCAGGCCUGUUCCAUGCUUGCCGAGGCCAUUAAAGAGCAAUAGCUUGGCCCCAUAUAGUGAAUGUAAUAUUUCAGUUAGGUUUGGUCAAAUCUUUCAAAUGCUCUAUUUUAUGCAACAUUUAUGUUGAGUAUUGUAUGCAACAUUUAUGUUGAGUAUUGUAUGCAACAUUUAUGUUGAGUAAACAGUUAUUGCCACAUGUAAGACAGAGAUCUUAGAACAAUGGCAGAUGUAUAUUUAUAAGUAGUGAAUUGUGUUAGGCAAAGACAGGGUAAGGCAAAGACAGGGUAAUAAGACCAAAUUUUUUAAGUUUGUUUGUUGGAUUUGCCUCAGAUUGCCAACUUCUUACAUCGGUGAGGUGGCUUUACUUUUUCAACUAAUUACCAGACCAUUGUCUGUUAGUUCAUUAUUUGAUUGUUUUACCCCUCAGGAUUCGAACAGAUUUCCGAGCGAGUUGCAAGGGGACCCAUAACCCCCAGAUGUCAAGUUUGUACCAGGAACUUCAGGUUCACAACUGGAUCAUGCACUUUGCCCCGUCUCCUGAAAGUAUUUACUGGUAUGAAACUAUUCAUAUUAUUCUGAAAAAUACUAAUAGGCAUUUACUUACAUUUUACCUCUCCAGGAUCAUCAUCUGAUCUUCAUAAAGAGUUAUAAUAACAAAAGAACAAGUUUCAUGACUUUGACAGUUUAAGAUGGAAGUGGGGGACUAGAUUUCCCCCUUUAUGUAGUAUCAACACUUGCCAACUCACAUGUUCCUAUAGUAUUAACGAUGGGAAAAAUCGGAAAAGGAUCGAGCUUCGUGGCGUUCCUUACAACACAAAGCAGACAGUGGCUGCAGAGUACAAAACAAUUGCCAGAACAGCCCUUUUUAACUCUGCACCUGGAGAUUUCCCAUCAAUCCCCACGCACUAGAUCAUUUGCUUUCAGAAUCGGUCUCAUCAGCCAUCUGCACAUCCACAGCCAAGUUCACAAUUAUCAUAUAUGAUGUAUAAGGCAGUCAUGGUGGAUUUCAACUGACCUACUAUAUAUAGUAUUAGACGCAGUAAAGAUGAUGAUGAGAUCAACAACAGAACUUCAAAAGCAUCUGACAUAUUUAGAAUACUACGCUGGGGUGUCCAGGAGGUCUCAGCACCAAGCAAUAAUAGUACUAACAGAAUAUACUAGAGAAGUAAACCAUGUCCAAGCUUUUUGGCAUACAGUGGCAGGACAAAGUCCAUGAUUCAGCAGUCCUACAAUCAGGCUGGAAUUUUGUAAGAAUGCCUAAACAACUAAAGUAUGGUGAACUAUCGAAAGGGGAGCAUUCAGUUGGAGGGCAGAAAAAACAUUUCAACGCUUGCAUAAAAGUGUCCCUCAAAUCCUUUGGUAUUGACCUGAGCUCAUGGGGAAAAAUUUGCUUUGUAUUGAAAAACCUGAAGAGGCAGAAUCUCUGACCACAUUCUUCAGAUAGUGAACAUAUUACUCAAGCUCAGAGCAAAUGCACAAGUAAAAGCUAAAUCACCUCCAGUAAAACUUGGACUCCAUCAGGCUUUCCAGAGCUGAUGUGUCCUCCAACAGGCUUUCCAGAGCGCAUGUGUCCUCCAUCAGGCUUACUUUCAAGCCAUCUACAAAUCUACAGGCGAAGUUUGCUUUGAUCCUUUUUGUAUGUGACGUACAAACUUAAACUUAUAUGCUCCAAUCAACUGUAGCCUCCUAACAAAGAUCGUUUAAAUAUGAAUUUAUAUCAAAUAUAUUAAGUCCUUAACCCUCUGGAGACGUAAGGGCCGAUCUAUCGUGAAAUUCGAACAUGUCUGACAGUGACUCUGAUCAAACUGUGCUUAGUAAUUUUGAUGUUUUAGCAGUGAAUUUGACACUGAAACUGAUGAAUACAACCAGGAAAUUAAUGAAGACUUUCAAAUUGAGGGUAAUGCUAAUGUUGGAAACUCUUGGUUUAGUAUUACUAGUAUUAGGGGUCCUCAAAUGGACAGGGAUGACCCCUCUGAAUUUUUAGACAACAUAGGCCCAUAAAUAAGGCAUAAGCACACCACUUGAGUACCAGUACUUUAUGCUAUUUUUUACACUAAAUAUUUAUGAGAGAGACCAAUAGAUAUGCAGACAACUUUCUCAGUAACAUCAAGCUUAAGAGAAGGUCCCUAGGUCAUAAAUGGGGGCCUGCUACAGUGUGUCUGUAACAACUGAAAAAUAGGGGGUUGGGGUGGAAAAGGAGUAGAAUUAUGUGCCAGAUGUAUCUGAAGGGCCUCCAUGGGCCUUGUUUCCCAAAAACAUAAGUGUUAGGACUUAUUCAGGCUUCAUCCAUCAAAAAAUUCACACAAUUGAUACAAGUAAGUUUUUUCUAGGUUUAAAAAAAAUAAUUACAUGAAUAAAUUAUGCAAAUCAGGGUAGCUCAUUUGCAUAAAUGUUGAUAUUUCAGUUUGAUUCAUAAAGAUUGUAUUAGUUCAUUCUAUUUCCUAAAAGAAUAUGUAUAGUUUUACUUAUAUUAAUGGGAUUGUUUAUUUUUUAUAAAUUUUUUUGCAAUGCGAGUGCCGAGCUCGUAAAAAGUGCUCCGUCUUUUUGGCACAGACAGCCUGAAAAGGCUCCAUCUCCAGAGAGUUAAAAAUUACUUUGCAGUGUUUAUACAAAAUAGAUUUUAAAAUUUUUCUAAAAAUAAAUCUAUGUAUCUUCAAAAAAUUUUUUACCAUUUUUAAAAAACAUGAUUUGGAUGUAAAAAAAUUUUUUUUACAAAUUCAUAAGUAAAAAGAAUACCCUGCUAAAUAUGAUACUUUUUUUUUUUAAAUUAAUUUUUUUAGGUAUUUGAACUAUUUUUUUUUUAAAAUUCCUUGUAUUUUUUACUUUAAUUUUGAAGAGACAACUAUGAAGUUUUAGUUUUCAAACUUAUCACACAGUAUGUUUCAUUGCAUUUUUUUUCUACAGGGAAAAUUUGUCAGUACCUGACUGGCGCUGGUGGACCACAGCCAUCUGCAUCAAUUGUAUCCUAAUCAUUCUUUUGUUCUUCCUGACCACACCAAUCAUGUUCUUGCACACCCUGGAUAUGCUGAAUAUUGAUAUCAAGAAACCUGUGGAAAACUUACAUGUGAGCUGAAUGUUGGGAAUGAAUCUUAUCUGAUAGGUCAUGUUUAAGAUAUACUUGGUUGGUUUACAAUAGAAACGUAUAGCUUCCAGAAACAUGUUCAAUAUCCAAGUUCCUAUCCAUUGUCAUAGGGAUAAAUACGUUAACACUUCUGUAUUGUAAGCUUAUUUUUCUGUUUACAUUAAUCAUAGAUGUGCCAAUCCAAAAUUACAAAGGUAUUCAGACUUUUUAGUUAACCCUCGAACUGUGGUAUGCAUCAUUCUGUAGUGUGGGAGCUUUUCAGAACUUUUUGAGUGCCUUUUGAAAUUGCAUUAAAUGACAUAGAAAUAUUGAUACAAGACCCCAAUAAUUAUAUAUUUUUAGAAAGGUAAAUGGAUGGGGAUAAAGUUGGCUAUAUUGCCCACCCCGUAAAAAUUUUUUUGCUCAGUGUCCUUGACCUUGAGUGCUCAAGAAAAAAAAGUGCUCAUGACAUCAUUAGUUUUUAUAGAUACACUUAAAACACUAAUCUAAAGGUUGUAGCCAAUUCUUUCGUUGUCGCAAAUCUUUCAGAAAAUGUAUAGUUUGCUAAGGUUUUGAUUAAAAUUAUACCCCUGAAAUCAAUUUUAGUAAUUUUAGGUCAUUUAUGUAAGAAACUGGGACCACAGCAAAAACCAAGUACAAAAUCUCAGACAAAAUAGUUAUUAAUAAUAAUAAUAAUAAAGUUUAUUUCAAAAACAUGCUUCAUCCCCAAAGGCUCAAAGCGCGGUUGACACAAAGUCAACAAAAAAAAAAUCUAUUAUUUACCACAUUUAAAACAAACGCAACACUACAAAAACUAAUUACAAGCAUACAAUGUCAAUAUUGACUGUAAACAUUUAAAAAGGAACUGUGGAACUGAUUUGGGUUGUUUAACUAUAAAAUUUAUUAGUUCUGAUCUAUAAUGUGUAGCUUCUGUGACUAAAAUUCAGUCAGUCCUUGCCCAACCUCUGGGCCUGGCUCGAAGUCUAACAGUAGUCCUACUUCAGGAACACUAAGACUAGUAUCAGAUUCACAAAAAGAAGAAUCUGAAGUCAGUUGUCAUGGGGAAUUUUAAAAUAAUCAUCAAUAUCACUUAAAUUCUCUCCUGAAAAGCUUUCAAAAAUAUUUAUGUUUGUUCUCGCACUGAAGGCCCAGCCACAGCUUCAGCCAUUUUAGCUUUAAAGAAAACAGCGAUAUAAAAUUCCGAUUAAAAUGUACUUAUUGUUAAGUCAUCAAGAAACAACUUGCCCCGGAAGUUGAUUUAAUUAUUAAUAAAAUAAAAGGAAGUAGCUAUGAUUCUGGUUAAAUAUUGGAUUUGAAGUUGCUAUCUGACCGUGUUUUUUAUCGGCCCAUUUUUCUGGCGGCCACAGUUCGAGGGUUAAACUUCACUUUCUCCAUCAGAAUGUUCAAAGAUUUGUGAAAAAAACAAAAUUCAAACUAUUUAAAGAUACGGUCUGGUCACAUCUCAAAUUAAUAUACAACAAUAAACUAUCCUAACAGCUUGUUUUCUUUUAAAGUUACAUUUUUGUCAUCCUUUUAUUUCAUAUAAAAAUUACAGUAUCCAAAAUCAAUUGCUCAUGAACUAAUUUUUUUUUUUUAAACCUGAAAGUUGCAAGUUAGUGAAAAUGAAUGUUCGUGUUUGAUUAUUUCAUAUUUUGGCAGUAUGGAAUCCUCCAGCAAUGUGAAUAGAUAUCUGUGCCCAGACAAUUGCAAUUAAUAUUCAUAUGCUUUGUAUGCCUAAUUCUAUUGAUGAUAACCUCCAUCUCCUUAGAGUGCUUACCUGGUACAGUUCUUACCAACACUUCUUCUUUGGAUUUUUUCUGCACUCCUACCAAAUAUAGUGUAUUGGUCAGAUCAGGCUAUUGGACACUGGACUAAGUGAGGCACUUUCUUUUAAAGACUUUUUUUCAAAUUUUUAUGAGUUAUGAACAUUAUGUUACAUGGGAUCAUUUUGAUUUUUUUAUUUAACUUUUUUUUUUACAUGUUUCUUUAUUCAGACCUUUGUCACUUUGGGGCAGCAUUUUAAAUUAAAAUUAAAAACUGAACCAUUUGUACCUAAAGUUUCUCAAUUUCUUUUUUAGAACUGCUGAACACCAUGCCAUUAUGAGGAAAUCUUUCAUUUUUAUUUUGCUAAUGAUUCUUAUCCUUCCAUCUCUCGGACUUACGAGGUGAGUAUUUCAUUACUGAAGGUAUUUUCAUGUUAACUUUAAAAUUAUUGUUUAAAGUUAAAUUGCAUGAAGCUUUCAGAUUUUAGCUCAGUUCAUGGUCUAAAGUUCUAAUUUUCUAAAAAAUUUUAUGUGGUAAUUUGAUGACUAAUUCCCUGUUUAAUAAAUACUCAAAAAAUUAUUUCUAACUGCAGUGCUAAAGCUCUGUUUGAAUGGAUUGUGAUGAGCUCGGAACGAAGUCUGCAGUGGCAGUGAGUAUUUAAUUUGAGAACCAAAUAACUGACCGAAUGAAAGUAAAGAAAUUUUUAAAAUAAUAAUAAUAAUAAAUAAUAAUAAAAAUUCAUGGCUUUGUUUCAUUUAUACCUAUUAUAAGCAGAUAAAAAAAAAAAAAAUUGUUUUAAGUAAAUUAUAAUCAUAUCAUUUUCUUUGUUGGUUAAUUUUUUAAAACUACCUAAAAAUUUAAUUGAUAGAUAUUAACUGUGUAACCUCUUCUGAUAUUAUUGUAAGUUGCCUGAAUAAUGAUGAUCAUGACUUUAAAAGUUUUAUCUUAGUUGAUGAAGUAAUAAUUUUUCACUUGCUCCGUUCACAUGAAAUGAUAUAAAGUAAAGAUUUUCACGCAUCAAUUAUUUAUUGACUGAAAUACUUUACAGGAUAAUAAAAUAAUACUUUUUCUCAAUUCACAUAUGGUGAUGAUUGGAAUAUUAAUGAAAUAUAGUUCAUAAUAAAUCCAGUUCUCUUUGGAAAUUAUUUAUCUAGUCACUCAUAUACUACAUGUCUUCACUGGUGAGAAACAUCUUUUCCAUGCUCUCCAAUAUGGCCGCUAAUAUAGUUCCUCACUACCUAUAAUUAGAUAUUUGUAUUCCUACUCUCAGGUAGAAUUGUGAUUUCUACUCAGCAAUAAAUAACCAUCAAAUAUCAUUACGUUACAGUUUCCACAUUUGUCAAUUAAUAAAUAUUUUAUGGCUAAAGUGUAAAAAGUUUAUGUUUUGUCUUCUCACUUAAAUUUUGUGGAGGUAAAACACAUUGACAUCUUUAUAUCACAGUAAUGGCAUUUGACUAUUUCAACAUUCAGCAUUGACAUAUGUUUUAUUUCGCAGAUGUAUUUUUCUGCCUGGCAAUGGCUCUUUCUUUGUUAACUACAUAAUCACAUCAGCAUUUAUUGGCGCUGCUCUGGAGCUGCUGCGUUUCUCUGAGCUUUUUGUGUAUGGGGUCAAGCUUUUAUUUGCCAGAUCUCUGGCAGAAAGAGCUGCUGUCAGAAAAGUAAGCUGAAGUUUUUUAACCAAGGUUGCAGAGUAGUCUACUUCUUUCAGCUGGGAUCAUGAAGUAUUUCUGUUGCAGAUAUUUUUAAAAAAAUAGCAAAUGAGGGUUUUUUUAACAACAAACUUUUCAAUUUAAAUAUCUUUGAGUCCAAAACUUCAUACUCAAAUUCAUUACACUAAAAAAAAAAAGUAAAGUGCUGGAUACGUGACCCCAUUGCUUACAGUGGUAAUAAAAAAGAUUAAUGGUUUUUGUAUUAUAUUUGUAAAUAUCAAAGCAAUUAAAAAUAAUUUUGCAAUAUAUAUAUAUAUACGGUAAUAUAAUAUUUUAGAAUGACUUAAAAUUUUUACUCCAAAAAUUAUCCCGAUUGGCAUGAUCCAGAUUUGAUUGCUGUGAUUAUAAAAUUUUCAAUAGUUGUGUUUUUAACAAUUUUAUUUUUAAAAAUGUUGUCUUUUUUUAAGUUGACAAAGGAUUAAUUAACCGGUAGUUAGUUUGAAGAGAACUUUAAUUUUUAACGAUAAUUCUAUCAAAUAAAACAAUAGCAUUAUAGAUAUUAUAUUCAACUGAGAACAAUAAAAGAAAUGAUGGAUAAAAUCCAUGAAAAGGAUCAUAUAAGAAAAAAACAAAUAUAGAGUUUGCAAGAUCUAAUAAAAUAGGUAUAUUCACAUAACUAUUUUCAACUUUUUUUGUAGGCAGAAUCCCUUGCAAAUUAACCUUAGGCUAUUAUAAGAUUUUUUCAUGUUUUAAUGUCAUCUUGAUGUCAUCUUUUUCAAGUCAGCUAUUUGGGACUUCCAGUAUGGUAUUCAGUAUGCGUGGAUGCUGUGUAUGAUGGCAAUAAUUGUCAGCUACAGCAUACCUUGUCCCUUGGUCACACCAUUCGGUAUGUGCCCAGUCUGUAUUAACAAUGUCUGUGUAUAUAUUUAUUCCUUUUAAAUUCAUUUGCACUAAUCCUGCAACAGGUCUUGGUGCAGUAAGUGAUGGUUCCAUAAAAAAUAUUUUGUGUUGUCUGUUUACAGGAUUAAUUUAUUUGGCAUUCAAGCACAUUGUUGAUCGUUACAACAUCUUCUUUGCUUACAACCCAUCUCGGAUCAACAAGCAUAUUCAUGGCUCAGCUGUUACCUUUGUGCUCUGGGCGGUCAUCCUGCUACAAUUCAACGUAGUCUUUUUUACUGGCCUCAGAGCUGGUAAGUCAUUACUAUUUUUUAAGUUAUUGAACAUAUCCAUUACAAAAAAAUUGAUCAAAGGUCAUAAGAAACCUCAAAAAAUAUAUUUCAUCGGGGAACCGCGCUAUAUAAGACCUCUUACUCUUAUUAUUAUUAUUAUUAACUCUAUAAAAUGUAUAACUAAAACAUACCAUGUAUACUGAAUGAAAUAUUUAAAUAGAAGCAAAAUAUUUGGAGUGCAUGGUUGAAAUUGUAUUCCCCUACCUCCAUUACAAUCAUGUAAAUUUGCCCACCACAAAACUCAUAACUGUUAAGUUGUGUCUUCUGAUAUCUUGUUUCAGAGGGCUUUGAUCCUGUCUUCAUCUUCUCCAGCGUGGCCUUGUUUAUCACCUUAAUUAUUUUUGUUGGGCGCAUCAGCUUCGGUUGGUUUAAACACCUCCGACCACCCAGAUACAGGGUGAGCCAUUCAUAGCAAUUACAUUGAAACAUACACAUGUGCCACUUUGAUUAUGUGUGUUACUUAUUGUUCACUGAAUAUUAUUUCACAAUGGGAUGUCUUCAUCUCUGCUAAUAUUGAGACAUUAGAUGAAUCUUGAGGUUAAUUUUAAUCAACUAGUAAUCUCCUUUUUCAUUGUUUAGAUCAUCAGUGUCUUGUUUGAAUUUUUUUUUAUCAAGUGAACUAUUAUUUAUUUUAUUUUUAAAAUAAUAUUAAAAAAUUUAAUGUCACUCAACUAAACUGCAUGAAUUGACUUGAUUUUUGCUAAGUUUCAUGUUACAUGAUUGGCUUAAAUUUCCACUUUUCUUUCUUUUCUUUUUUUAGAAUAACUUUGUUAACUUUCAGACAGCAAAUUUUAUUUUGUUAGUUCUGUUAAUGACAACUGCUCAGUUACCUUUCAGACAGCAUUCUGUUUUCCUUAGUUCUGUUAAUGACAAAAAAAAUUUCUUCUGCUGAUGAUGAUGAUGCUUCUUUUAUCAUAAUUUUAGAAUUUUGAUGAGAGUGAACCAGACACAGCUGCAAGUGAUGACUCCCCAGAAAUGCAUAUCUCUAAGGUACUGUUUUUGCACAACUCAUAACACGAUUUUAUAUGAUUGCCAAGGCCUACAAAUUUUACUUAUGCUUAUAGUCACUGUAACUUAGAUCUAACACUCUAAAUGCAGAGUUUGAAUUUUUAUCAGAAAUGUGGUGGGGUAUUUUUUCACUUCAAGUUUAUAAAGAUCUUCCCAGUGUUCUGUAAACAACUAUAUUUACAACUACAUUUUCUGUCACCUAAUCUACCAAAUAUUUUAAAAGUUCAAUUUAAAGUAAUUAGGUUUAAAUAUCUUCUGUGUUAGAGAGUUACAAUGAUAUUAUCAUCUAUCGUUUUUGGCUUUUAAAUACAAAUGUGGUCAUUGAGGCACUGAAAUGGCCAAAUUUCAUAAAAUAAUUAAAAUGUCCACUUAAGACUUAUAAUUCUAAGCAUAUUUAUUGUAUUGAUUGUAUUACCACAGUAAUUAUAAGGACAUGGGAGCAACAAUGGCUUUAGAAAAAAAUAGUAUUUAGCAAAACUUAAAUAGGGUUUAAGAUCCUGAGGAGUGGGGGGGCUGUUGAUUUUGGAGAUUUUUGUGUACCGUUGUAUGUAUAUGCGUUCAAUGAACUGAGAAUACUUGUCUCAGUUAAGGCAGGAUUCAAUGUGAAUGAAGUAAAGACCAUGUUUUAGAGUAUGGUAGGCCUCCCGGGUAAUGUCAUAUAACUGAAUGUAUGAAAAAUUAACACAUCACCUUUGCGAGAGUGGAUACACUAAAAACUAUGGGCUGUCAUAAAAGAGCUCAUUGAAAAGCAAAGGUUACAGUUCAAAUUUCAGUCUGCAAAAGUUGCUAGGAAGCAGAAGCCUCUCAAGGAGAACACUGUUUUAAGACCAGAAGUGAUGUAUGCAUUUGAGACAUGGACCCUCAUCAUGAAGGCUAAAACCUGCUCAAUGCCUGCCUGUGGCUGAUCCUAAGAAAAAUGUACAGGCCUGUACAGGAUAAUGAUGGUUAGAGAAUUUCAGACAAAUCAAGAAAAUACCAGGCAGGCUUUGCUGGACGGGACACCUUGAGACUACUUGAGAGGAUGCCUUAUUAUAACUGUUAACAGACAGAAAACAAGAAACCAGGGGUCGGAGUUGGGUGGGGUCAAAUUUGUACAUAUGCAUGGGGUUGGGGUAUCCAACAAAUAUGUAGCAGGGAGGGGUCUGGAAAUUGAAAUUCUUUUGUGUACGUAAUAUAUCGAAAAGCCUCUAAUAAAAAGUAAGAUGGCUUCCUUUGUUGAAUGCGAAAGCUAUAAAUAAAAGAUUUUAAAAAUUAAUUAUUAAAAGUAAAGACUAAAAUAUGGUCACACUUUUUUGUCAGAUGGCCACAUGUGGCCUUCACAAAUCGUAAAGCAAAUCAAUCGUAUUUUUAAAAAAAACUUAUGUGUAAUUUUUUUUUUCCAGCCAUUUGUGGCAGGGGUGUUGACUCAAGAUCUAUCAAUAGAUCAAGACUUGAAUGGUGCUUCUCAACAUGAAGGUUAUGGAUCAACACAGACUACUGGUGAUCACGGGGAACAUUCAGUUAGACUUGCACCCCAUGAAUCUCUAAUUUCAUAAGAAAGAUACUUGGUAUUUUCAGUUUACUGGGAUUAUAAAUCUGUUUUGAACUCUCAAAAUGAUUUGUGACAGUAUCGGUCAAAUUAUUUUAUUUCCCCUUCUUUCUGUUUUCUAUAUAAAAAAAAAACGGAAUACCAGUAAAUAUGAAAAUGUAAAAUAAUUUCUAUCAGAUAAUAUUUGCUUUAUCCUUGAUAAAAUGUGAUGGAGCUUUCCUAUGCAGCUUACUGUGGUCAAAGCCAAACAUCCUUUCUGUCAACAUAAAAUAGCUGGUGCAAUAGAUAUUUAUUUUGAAUUGAUUAUUAUAAAUUUAGUAAUGGUGGGAGGUUUUUGUGAAAUAUUUUGACACUGUUUGACGCCACAAAUCUCAGUGGUGAAUCCAUGUUGAGAAUCCUCUGGCACAGAUAUCCCAUAUAGGUGUUCACACUGAACAGGCACAACCAUAGCAUCAGAUGCAGAACUUUUGUUUAUAUUAUCAGUUUUUAAAUUUAUCUGCCAGUGCAACGAUCAGCACCAUAAGGCUGCUUGUGGCUCGUUACAUGAAUAAUUCAGCUUAUUUCUUUUAUGUAUGAUUAUUACAAUAACCACCAAUGCAAGAUGAAAUUAAAACGAAACAUUUUUUUAAAAUCUUUAAUUAAAUCCCAUUUUUAAAACAAAACAUUUUUCCUCCAAUUGCCAACACCAAUAAAAAUCAAACUUGAAACUUUUUUCAAACUAUACAAUAUGGCUACUUUAUAAUAAAAUACAAAUAAUAAUGAAAAAUUGUAAACAAGUCAGCUGAGAUUAAAUUCAGUGUUGUUUUUUUUUGCUUUUUUUUUGCCACUCAAUUUUCCAAAUGUUGCUUUGCCACUAAGCUGUCAGCUGAUGACAAUGCAUGUGCACUGAUUAAAAUAUGAAGGGAUUGUUUCUGUAUAUUGCCAGGCUACAGUAUACCGCAAUUCUCAACAAACCCAUGAAAAUUAAACUUGUUGGCCCUGUUUUUGUUGCAGCGAGGAGCACAGCUGCACACUAGCACAGUAGCUCGUGGUCACAGAAAGUUGAGAACCCAAGUAACAAAUCUGCAGUGCGAAUGUAUCUUUAACUUUAACAUCCUAGCCAAAUCUAAUUUAUUCUCUCAGAGUACUCUCAUUGUAAAAGUUGCCGGUUUAACAUUUUUCAAAGAAAUAAGUAAAGCCUCAAGGAAAAAUAUUCUCACAUUUGACCCUCCUUAAUUUUAUGUCAAACUGUAUUCAUGAUUUUAAAUAAUUUAUACAUAAAUAAAUUUUUAAAGUUCCCUGCCUGCUAUAUUUCAGGAAAUGCAAUGUAUGACUUUCUACUUAGCAUGUCAAUCACACAUCAAAUUAUCUUGCCUUGGAAUCAUUCAGAUGAUGCUGCCUGUAAAAUUUAUCUCACAAAUCGUAAUCCAGGGUAUUGGCAAAAUUACUUAGUGUUUAACUUAAUCAAAUCUGAUUAAAAUAUUUGGGGGGUUUUGAUGGCACAAAAACCUGUUGGAAGAGUUUUAAAUUUUUCACAGGGGAACUCUUUUUUGUGAUUCAAACAGCCUAGAAAGUUUUGAUUAACUAAUUAAUUAUAUGAAAUGUUAGACCCAAGUUUAAGUUAAGCUAUUUUUUCCCACUGGAAUGGUCAGAGUUGGCCAUUACCUCUUUUUUUUGUGUUCCUCUCACUUAACAACUGGCUUGUAUAUUUAGACCAGAGGCUUUGAUUUAUACAUGAGAAUCACUUUUAAUAAUUGCAUUGGGUGCAUUGCAGAAUUUUAUUAAUAUGUUUUAGUGUUACAAAAAAAAAAAUUAAACUGCUGAUCUAGACCAUAGUUGUUAUUUUGCAGCUUGCUACUAAUAAUAAAUUUACAGGUUUUGUAGGUGGGCAGCCUUUAAAAAAACAUCAACAGAUACGUACCCAAGUAAAAAGUAUGAGCUGUAAAUAUAGUUGAUAAGAGAGUAAUGUAAUUAAACAUUUUUAAUUUUUAAAAAAAAAAAUAAUCUGCUCAUCUAUUAUAAUUGUAAAUAGAUAUGAAAGAUUUGGCUCGACACUCCAUGUGGAAUCAGAACAACCCCCAACCACCACCUGCAUCACCCUAAAUAUGUGCUCUUUAUUAUGAUCCCUUCUUUACUCUCAUUUAAGCUCAUAAUUAAAUAAGUGAUGAGUCCACAACAUCCAUAAAUAGGAUUAUGUUGCAAAUAAAUACCUUUCUUUAAUAGCAUAAUAUUUAAAAUAUAUUUAUAACCAUGAAACAUUUGAUUUUGCUUACCACCCAUUGGUUGCCUAGGCUAGUUGUAGGUGAACACCUAAUUUUAGUCAUUGCUGCUUUAGAAGUAUUUGAUAUUUGUUAGUUUCAGUAGCCCAUAUCAUUUCAACAAAGAAAAAAAUGUACACUUAAGUUUUAUACAUGUAAAUUAAAACUAAAAUGAUUUCCAUGAGAACUG